GCAUCCUCAUCCUGUUGGAUCUUUCCCAUCUUUCCCAUCUCCUGGGAAUCAGGAGGGCUCGGGGGGUGUCCCGAGGCCCCUCCAGGGACGAGGUGUCCGUGUCUCCGGGUGGGAUCCCGUCGGUGUUUCCCGCAGGGAUGAACAAGGGGGCCGUGCUGGCCGGAGUCAUCGGAGCGAGGAAGCCGCACUACGACAUCUGGGGGAACACGGUGAACGUGGCCAGCAGGAUGGAAUCCACCGGAGUCAUGGGAAACAUCCAGGUGGUGGAGGAGACCCACCUGAUCCUCAAGGAAUAUGGAUUCCGCUUCGUCCGCCGCGGGGCCGUCUACGUCAAGGGCAAGGGGGAGCUCCUCACCUUCUUCCUCAAGGGACGGGAAAAACCGGGAUCGUCCGCCAGCGCCUCCUCCGUCCCCCUGCCCCACCAGGUCCUGGAGAAUUCCUGACCAGCCCAAACUCCGCAUCCCACCCACCCCCCCGCCGCCGCCUUCCCGGCGGAGCUUCCCGCGGGAUUUCGCUCCGGCGGCGGGAUCGUCCGGCGGGAUUCCCUUUUUUCCCGGGAACGUCGUCGGGAGCGGCCGCCGGGAGAUCCAAACUCAGGGAUGGUUUGGGAAAGGCUUCCAGGUCUUUUUCCCACGCGCUUGGAAGCGGCAGCUCCGACCCCCCUUUUCCCCGGAGCAUCCGGGAUUGGGGAUGCUCCAACCCCCCCCCCCCGGAGCCGGCUUGGAUUCGGGAAUUAUUCGGGAGAGACGUUCGGAAACAUAAAUCCGUGGAAAAGGACGGACGGAUGUUUGCAUUCCCGGCAUUCCCGUUUUUCGGAAGAGGGGGGAAGGAGGCGGGAAUGGCGGCGGGAAAGGGGAUUCCAGGAGCGCUCACGGGGUCGGAAUAGAAGCAGCGGAAUUCCAAAGCCCUGAUUCCUGGCCUGGUUUGUCCCGGAAAGGGGGGGGGGUUGGGUACCGGGAAGGCUCCCGCUGCUUUUCCAAGGGGAUGUUGGUUGUUUUUC